ACGUAAAAAUCUCAAUGGAGAAAAGUCAUGGGAAUAUUUAGUAUUUUUAUUAUAAACAAAGCUGGAGGGUUGAUCUUUCAAUAUGAUCACUACACACAGAGACCAGAAGUAGAGAAAACUUUCAGUUUUCCAAUAGAGCUUGUUCUUAAGCAACACGAUGAGAAACUCGUCGUAGCAUUUGGAGAAAGAGAUGGAAUCAAAGUUGGACAUACACUUUUGGCAAUAAAUGGGGUGCCUGUGGAAGGAAGAUUUCUUCAAAGUGAUGGAAAAGAUGCCAUGGAAAUCAUUAAUUCCCCCCAGAACUACCCAAUCAACCUCAAGUUUGGUCGGACAAGGCUCACCACCAACGAGCGAAUUAUGCUGGGCAGCAUGUUUCAUUCAUUAUUUGCCAUUGGAUCUCAGCUAUCUCCUGAGCCACAUUCAUCGGGCAUUGAAGUUCUGGAAACAGAUGGAUUCAAGUUACACUGCUACCAAACAAUGACAGGAAUCAAAUUUAUCGCCCUAACAGACCCACGACAAGGAGGGGUUGACAUAUUAUUACGCAAGAUGUAUGAGGUGUUUUCUGACUUUGCCCUGAAAAACCCAUUCUAUUCUGUAGAUAUGCCUGUACGAUGUGAUUUAUUUGAUACAAACUUACAACAAGUUAUCGAAGCCUGUGAAAAACAAGGAGCCAGUAAUAUAUAAAGACUGUAAACAGUAGCCUCCCUUAGAACCAAUCAUUCAUCCAGUUGUCACUCGCGUGGAACAGUCUGUGUAUGUGUGCUGGUUGUGAUGUGGACCAUGUUUAUGUGUGCUGAUUUGAUAUUGACCAUGUUUUCAAGUGCAAUAAGAGUUUGUAUUGUUUUAAACAUUAAAAAAUAUAAAUCUUGUUUCUUUAUAUGAA